AUGACCCAGCUCUGCUUACCCAGGCCCAAAGCCCUUGCUUAUCCUAUCCCAGUCCCUCUCAGAGGCCUGGGGGCUGGGGAGGGGUCGCAUAGUCCAGUGGGUCCAUGCAUGUCCCCCUGGGGCCCUAGCGUGGCCCAGCUCCGGGACAGUGUCCUAGGGCUGGGAGCACAGGGGCUGACAGCUGGCUGGCCCAGCCUCGCUGCUGCUGGUCAGCUUCCUGGCCCCGACCUGCUCCACUGGUUAAGUGUGCAGCAGCCCGGCAGGCCCGCAGGCCCCCCGCAGACACUCCUCCCGGGAGGCCCAAGUCAGGGGGCCGCACUCCUGCCUGCGGCGGCAGUCACAGGACGACUCGGCCCCCAGGAGGCCCUGCUACUGGCACUCCUGGGCCUGGGGCUGCUCCUGGGAGCCCGAGGCGUGCCCCUGGCCUUGCUUGGCCUGCCUGAACUGCAGGGGCCCUUUGGUCCCCCGGCAUGGGCGGCGGAUACCUGGGUCUGCGUCUGA